UGACUGUAGUUGGAAGUAAUCUUUAUUCCGCGUAUCAUAUUAUCUCGGCAGGCUUCCCAGACACAGCCCCAUCAUUUUGUCAGCACUAUCACUUUAGCGCGCACAAUAAUACAAAAGGAAUUACAAACUACUUUACAAUAACAGUUAUGUAGGUCGUUCUUACUGGUAUAGGUCGCUAAGAAUGCAAGAGGCUGGGGCGAAUGCAGCUAUCGAGGCUCCCAUGCCUCCUCCGGCAGAUGCCACACCCGCUGCAGCGUCGGUCGGUGUGGAAGCUCAGGCAGCAGGUGCUACGAGCAACACCGCGGCGACGGCGCCUGUGGAUGCUGGUACAACCCCGAUAGCGACGUCGACGUCGAUGCCGCCCCCAAAUCCGCAGCCCACGUCGACUACUCAGGGCUCUGGACCUUCAGCAUCGCAGCCAGACCCCAUCUGCGGGUACCUCCUCCAAGACGCUGCCUUCGUCUCAGCGGUCAAGCGGCAGGACGUGGGACAGGCAGCUCAAGCAGCCGCCAAAACCAUCAAGCUCAACCUGCAUGCCAUCAUUGCACGCAUCAAGCCGCAGCAAAACAUGGCCAUGGCCAGCCUCCUCUCCGGCAGCAACCCACACCCUCACUCCCACCACUCCCACUCCCAGCACCCGGGGGUCGGCGGCGGCGGUGGUGGUGGCGGCGUGCCGCUGCCCGGCCUGCCUGUCAUGGGUCCAGGCGGACCGCUCAUGGGUCCUAGUGCUCCAGGGGCGGAGCGGCGGCUGUCGGAUCCAGACGGGCGAUUCAAACGCGGCACCAGCUGCGAACCCGGGGACGGACCGGGCGGAGCGGGGCGCGUGCGGGAGCUACGGCGUGGGGACUGGGUUGUCAUCCGCAGCGCCAACAAGAGCACCGACCCGGAGCUGCUGGGUCAGGACGCCUGGGUGGCGCGGGUGGAGCACAACGGCUGGGUAGAGCUGCAGGUGCCCAAGCUAGGCCGCACUGUGAAGCUGCAGCAGCGCUACCUUCAACUCAUCCAACCGCAGCACCCGCUGGGCGUCAUGAUGGGGCCCAUGCAGCAGCAACCGCAGAUGCCCCUCGGACCCAUGGGUCUGCAGCCCGCAAGCCAGCCGCUACCGCCACCGCCCCUGCCGCCCACCUCCUCCACCGCCUCUCUAGGCGGCGGCGGAGGCGGUCUUCCGCCGCCACCGUCAGCUGCCGCAGGUCGCCGGCCGCCUUCCGAACCGAGUGGGGGAGGCGCCAUGGGACCGCCGCCGAGUGCCGCUGCGGCGGGUGGUGGCAUGCCGUACAGUACGGUUGUGGACGAGCACGGGCGGCCGUACAAGCGGCCUGCGGCGGUGCCGCCUCCGCUGUUGGAUCCCUCUCUGCGGCCUGCGUUGCAGCUGGAGGCCCUACCGCCUGCUCGAGUCGCCUCCACACCCAGUCGCGGCAGCGCUGCCCGUGUGAAGGAGCUCAUUCGGGCCAUCCGUCGGGACCUGCUCGCCAUGGAGGAGUCCGUGCCCUGGAACAGCGUGACCCCCGCCUGGAAGAACACACGACCCGGAUGGCGGCGGGCGCUGCACCGAAGGCGCCGCUGCCGCGGCUGCUUCCGCCGCCGUGUCAGCGCUGGUGGGCGCGACGGCUGCGAGCAUGUUGGAGCUGCAUGACGCACUGACGACGGAUAAGACGCAGGGGUUGUUCGCGAGGCGGGGCGGCUGGGAGACGCGACUGCGAGAACUGGCGGACGGCGGCAACAACCCCGCCUGUCUGCAGGUGCUGUGGGCGGAGAUGGCGGAGGGCAUCCGGGUGUGGAUGGCGGCAGGCGGAACCGCUCCCUCGCCCGCAACCACCCCGGGACCCGGCAGCGCACUCCCGGGGCAAGCUGGCUACAUGGGCGCCGAGUUUGGUGGAGGACAGACCCCUCGACCAGACCCCUACGGAGGCCCCAUGCGCUCCGCCGCCACCACCGCCACCGCCACCACAGCAGGAGCAGCUCCCGGAGACGAGGAAUACAACGCCUAUCUCUCAUCCGCCGCCGCCACCUCCGCAGCAGCUGCAGCCGCUCAGCCGCACCCCAUGCUGCACCCCAUGCACGCCUUGCAACCCCACAACGGUCAGCAAUUGCCGUCGCCCUUUUUGGACUUCUACGCAGCGCCGGGCAGCGCCGUACGAGGUCCGCUGGGCUCGGCGCGCGGUGUCGGAGGCGGCGGAGGCAUGGGGCAUCUGCCUGCGCCUGCUGCGGGCCCCUGGCCUGUCCGAUCCGAGCUGACGCUGCUCAUGCAGGCGCUUGACUGUGAGGUGGAUACGGACCUGGACGAGGGGCCUGAUGCCACGGAUGUUGAGGAGGAGGAGGAUGGGGAGGGGGGCAGUGGCGCGGAGUCUGGGCCAGCGGCUGCGCGGAGGCGACGGCGCGGGCGGCAGCAGCAGCAGCAGGAGCCGCUGCCACAUGCGGCAUCGGCUGCGCCGGCACCCGUGGAGGCCCCUGCUGGGGCGGUGGCGGGUGGCGCAGUUGGAGGAGCAGCAGCAGCAACGGCGGAUGGUGCAGCUGGGGGAGGGAAGGAUGGGAAGGGUGUGGAGGAAGGUGGGGGCAUGGAGGUUGAUGCACCGGCCAGCAGUAAUGCUGCUCCGGUUGGUGGAGUGGCGGAGGGAGCCGGAGGUGCGCCUGAGGCGGGGUUGCAAGCGGCGGCAGAAGCGGGGGCAGCAUCCACAGCUGCUGCAGCAGCUCCUGCUGCUGCAGUGGAGGAGGUUGGAGGCGCUGAAAGGUUGGAGGCGUCCGAGGGGGUACGAGCGGUUGAGGGUGCGAGCGGCGGUGCUGACACGGUUGGGGCGGUAGGGCCGUCCUCGCUGGUACAGGUAUCAGCGGCCCAGCCUUCGGACGCAGCGGGGGAUGUCUGCAUGGAGGAAGGCCCGCGCGAGCCGGCGGCGGCGGCAGCAGCUGCGGUUUCUGAAGCGGUGACGGCUGCGUCUCCUGCUGCAGUGGCGGCGGCGGAGAGGGGAGGAGGUACAGUGGCUGAUACGGUCAUGUCGGAUUGAGGUGGAGGUCGUGUGUUUCUGGUGUUGCCGCGGGCUACUGGUUACCGGACCGAUGGAAAGAUGGUGCUGCAAGCAAAAGCGGGUUACAGGCUGGGUGCUCCUUAGCACGGUCACAUGCAUGUCAGGUGCGGCAGUUUCGUCAAUCCUGACGGGGCCCCAACCAAGAACUAGUUACUGUUAC